UCACUCUAUAGACUAUAAUAUAAUUGUUUUUCCCCUAAAUUAUUACUAUUCAUUUUAUUAUUAAUUGUUGAUCUAACUAUCUUUGUUUAAAAUUUGUUUUAACCAUGAUUUUUUUUUUCUCAAAAUACUUUGAAUUGUUAACUGAUUUAUAUUGCAUGAUUCUUAUAUAAUGUUUCGAUACGUAAAUUUCAUUUUUGCGUAGGGACGUGGAUUAAAGUAGAAGCACGUAAGGCUAUUAUGGCUGAUGAUGAUAAUGGUGAUUAUAAUCAGGAUAAUAAUAAUAAUAAUAAUAAUUAUAAUGAUGCUAGCUCACCAGCAAUUCCACCAGAGUAUGUUGGAAUUCCAAUGCGACCUCAUUCCUCUAAACCAGAUCAUUCAGCAACUGAUCAACACCCACCACCUGCUGUUAUACACCCACCCCCUGCAACCCCAACGUCAUGCAGUGGAAUGGAUCGACAAAAAUUAGAAAAUUGCAUACGUCGUCAAGUAAACAGGGAUCUCUGCAAGAAUUAUAACAUAUGUUAAAAUAAUAAUCAAUAAAUUAUGUAUGUUUUAGAUAAUUAAUUAAUUAAUUAUUUGGUUUAUAAAUUUUAGUACUCCACUUUGUACAGAAUGGGUACAUUUUGUUUCAUUAAAUUAUCUCCCAAAAGAGGAUACAACACAAAAUAUUUCAAUUUUUUCAAUUGUGAAUGGCCCUUUUUAUA